AUGAGGAGAUGCAUUAUAAAAAUGAACGACCCCGCGAUUGGAGACUAUUUCAUGUGCAAGAAUUGCAAGCAUUUCAUGUUGUCGAGAGAGACGGCAGUAUAUCAUCGUAAAUGUACCAAACAAUUAUUGGCCGCAAUUGAACCAGGGGAAGAUGUCUAUCGCUGUUCAACAUGCGGUAGAUACUUCGAUAACAAAGAGCAAUGGAAUAGACACAAUGAAUUACACAAAGCUAUCGGAAAUUACGAUCCGUUCAAAUUUACCACCUUAUAGACGACGAUAAUUUUGUUAGGAGUUUACGUUUAUAAUUUUAUGUUUUAUUGGCUGUAGUAAUUCGUAUUAUUGUUAUUUAAUUAGUUUUAUGAUAUUUUUGCCUAAAAACAGUAAACUAACAUACAUUGCUUACUUAUAUUUAACAUAUUUUUUAUUGUAUAUACAAC